AUGGCUCUGACUAAUCCAAGACCGUUACAGUUGCUAACGCAGAUGGAUGAGCAUGAUCUGCUGCAUAACUCAGCGUUGCCGCUGUUCCAGUUCAACGGUGUGUCUUUCCCGGGCUCAGAAACGGUGGAUGUAGUCGAUAUCAAUCCAAAUUUGGCACAGGCUCCACAGGGACCCCAACUUCCAUCGUCAGCGUCUCCCCUAGUGGAUGGUGCUGCGAUCCCCACAGACGAGACCAAACCGUCUUCGGGGAAGGGGAAGGGGAAACGGAGGAGCAGUUCCAAGAAGGAGUUGUCUGCGGCCGCGAAUGGAACGAACACUGCAGCCAGCAGUGCUGGUUCCUCAUACAACGCCAAGAACAACAACCCUCUGAUUGAAGUAUCGAAACUGAUCCCAGUGACUGGGGAAAGACCCUUGCCAACGGAUAGGGCUGGCCCGCUCGAGGACGAUGUGCUACACGCGGUGUUCAUCAUCCUGUUCGAAAGCGACCCUAGCCAAGCAGGUAUCACGGUCAAACAGAUCUGUGACCAGCUGCUCGUGAAACACCCGGAGAUGUCCAACUUGUCCACGAAACUGUCCAACCUCAUCUCUGCGAAGCUGAACGCGUACGUCAAGAAGAUCGAAAAGGGAGAGAAAACUUUGGUGUACGCCAUCUCGAGAGAGUGGUCGAAUUCAUCUCCUCGUAGAAUGCUGUACAUAUAUAGGGGCAUCCUCUCCCCAGACUACAAAGAACACGCACAGUUGGUGACCACACAGUUGAAAGAGCAGAUGGGUAGUUCCCAGACACCAGCGGAACCAGCGGAGGCAACAACGGCAACGGCCAGUGCAGGUGCACCGGUAACGGCAAGUUCCACGGAUAUUCUGGUAAAGUCGGGGAGUAACAUGAACUUCACUUUGACGCCAGAGUACAAUAUCCCCUACGCGGCGUCGCCAGUGUCGGCGACUUUGACGUCAACUUCCCCAAACAACAACAAUAAAACUAACGAAAUGACAAACAACACAAAUGCUUGUACUGACACGAGUAACGAAUUAAUGAAACCUCCUUUAAUAAAUGCUGCGAACACGGCGACCCCGGGGAGCAGAAAACGGACUCUUAACAAUAACAAUACCAACAAAGGUAAUAACGACAGUGACACAAGUAAUGACAACAAGAAAUUAGGCAAAGCGAUGAAACUAUCCCACAGCUCGUCGCCGAGAGGGGCUGCUGGACCUUUGUCGAGUCCCAACGGCACAAACAUCCACACGGGCAACAGCAGCAUCCAUGGCAGCACAGCGAGUUUGUCCGCGUACCAGCCAAUUGCUACGCCUUCGAACUCGAGCUACGUGACUGCAGUUGCCCAAACCCCAAGAAUAUCUAAACUGCUACCCAAGAACGGGUUCCAGCAGACGCAGACAGGUGCUACAAGCUCCCAGUCACUGACCAACAUCUGUCGACUGUUGGAGCAGCACCCUCCAAGGACAGAGAGCAAAAUGGACAGCGAUGACAGCGGCGGAAUCAUGACGAAAUCAGCCGCACACUUGUCCACGGACAAUAAAGACAAGACCCAGGGCGGCGACAACGACUGGGUCGCCAUGGUCCGCAAUGGAUUCCUCGUGCAAGAGAUUGCAUCUCCUGAAUCCGUCUCUCUGGACGACCUUGACUGCAUGUUUUAG